UCGCCUCCGUGCGCGCCCGCCGCCGCCGCAGCUGCGGAGCUCUGUUCUCCACUCGCCCGUGCCGCGAACUUCGGAGCGACCGGACGGGCCAUGGGGGCGUCUCUGGGCCGGAUCACGUAGCCGCGGCGCCCCUGGAGAGCCCGGGUGGCCCCGAAGCGCCCGCCCAGCCCUUCCUGCGUCCGGGCCAUGGGCAGCCGCGGCGGCCCCCUGUGCGCUGCGCAACCCGCGGUGGCCGAGGGCGGCCCGGCCCGCGAGCCGCUGCAGCUGCUGGAAGUGUCCCCCCGCAAGAGGCUGACCUCCGGGCCGGAGCAGGACCCAUGCGGCAGCCGCCCUGCGCCCGAGGGCGCCGGGCCGGGCGCAGAGCAAGGCCACUUGGCCGGUGGAGGCGGAUGGUGCCGUCACUGCCACACGAAGCUCGCCGAGCUCAAGCGACAGGCCUGGAAGCUGGUCAGCGGGCCUGGGACACCCCUCCGGGACCCCUGCCUCUCGGCUCUGCUUCUGGACAAGCUGCCCGCGUGUGGCCCGGAGGCUGAGCGCCGCUGUGAUGUCUGUGCCGCGCACCUGACCCAGCUCACGCAGGAGGCCCUGCAGCUGCUGCAGGCGCCCGCCAGCCGCGAGGACCCUGACGCCCCGGGAGGCCCCAGCCCCGCGCCCCCUGGCCCCAGCACCGCCCCCAGCCCCAGGGACGGACCGGCAGCGGCGGGCCCUGCGGGGAGGCAGUCAGGCCGGGCGGGGCCCGACAGGAGGAAGGGGCUGGCCUGGCCUUCCGGGCCCAGCGUCCAGGUGUCGGUGGCGCCCGCUGGCCUGGGCGGGGCCCUGAGCACGGUCACCAUCCAGGCCCAGCAGUGCCUGGAGGGCAUGUGGAGCGUCUCCAGGGUCAACAGCUUCCUGCCGCCAACGUGCCUGGCUGAAGCAGCGGUGGCCGCCGUGGCAGUGGCAGACACGGUCCGGGACGGGCCCCCUCCCGUGGGCUCCGAUGGCGCGUCGAAGACGUGGGGCCUGGUCAGGCCUGCCCCGGGCGCCCCCCCGGGGGGCUCCACGGGCCCGUCAGCUGCAGCCUCCUUCUUCCUCAGGGCCGCCCAGAAGCUCAGCCUGGCUUCCAAGCGCAAGAAACCCCCCCCGCCGCCGCCCUCCGCCCCGCGCCGGGCCUCCACCUACCCCACGGACUUCAGCGGGGUCCUGCAACUGUGGCCGCCCCCCGCACCCCCUUGCCUGCUCAGGGCCACCUCCAAGGCCAAGGACAACCCAAGCAGUGUUGGCAAGGUGAAGGUCAUGCUGCGGAUCUGGCCUGAGCAGGGGGCCCAGCGCUCGGCCGAGUCCACGUCCUUCCUCAAGGUGGACCCUCGCAAGAAGCAGGUGACCCUCUACGACCCGGCUGCCGGGCCCCCGGGCAGCACGGGCCCCCGACGUGCCCCUACAGCUGCCGUCCCCAAGAUGUUCGCCUUCGACGCGGUCUUCCCCCAGGACUCGGAGCAGGCCGAGGUCUGCUCGGGGACCGUGGCCGACGUGCUCCAGUCGGUGGUGGGUGGGGCUGAUGGCUGCAUUUUCUCCUUUGGCCAUGCAAGCCUCGGCAAGUCCUACACCAUGAUUGGGAGGGACAGCUCGCCGCAGAGCCUGGGCGUCGUGCCCUGCGCCAUCUCUUGGCUCUUCAGGCUCAUGGACGAGCGCAGGGAGAGGACGGGCGCCCGCUUCUCCGUCCGCGUCUCGGCCGUGGAGGUGUGCAGCCGGGGCCAGAGCCUGCGGGACCUGCUGGCCGAGGUGGCCUCCGGCAGCCUGCAGGACACCCAGUCCCCGGGCGUGUACCUGCGGGAGGACCUGGCGUGCGGGGCACAGCUCCAGAACCAGAGUGAGCUGCGGGCGCCCACGGCCGAGAAGGCGGCCUUCUACCUGGAUGCGGCACUGGCCGCCCGCGAGGACGCCCGGGGAGGCUCCCACGUGCUCUUCACGCUGCACGUGUACCAGUACCGCGUGGAGAAGUGCGGCAGAGGCGGAAUGUCUGGAGGCCGCAGCCGCCUGCACCUCAUUGACCUGGGCAGCUGUGAAGAGGCCCCCGGGGGCCCCCCAUCACUGUCGUUGUCGGCCUUGGGCAGAGUCAUUCUGGCGCUGGUUAGCGGAGCCAAGCACGUGCCCUGCAGGGAGCACAGGCUUACUGCACUGCUGCGGGAGACCCUGGCCACCGCCAACUGCCGAACCACCAUGAUUGCCCAUGUGUCCGAUGCGCCAGCCCGCCACGCCGAGACGCUCAGCACCGUGCAGCUGGCUGCCCGUAUCCACCGCCUACGCAGGAAGAAGGUCAAGUACGCAUCCAGCUCCUCCGGUGGGGACAGCUCGUGUGAGGAAGGCCGUGCCCGUCGCCCCCCGCACCUGCGCCCCUUCCAUCCCCGCGCCGUGGCCCCGGACCCCGACCACCUGGCCGCCAGCUCGCCCGGCGACCCCGACUACUCCUCAAGCAGUGAGCAGUCCUGUGACACGGUCAUCUACGUGGGGCCUGGCGGGACGGCGCUGUCGGACCGCGAGCUCACGGACAGCGAGGGCCCGCCUGACUUCGUGCCCAUCAUCCCCGCGCUGAGCCACCCCCGCCCCACCCCGGGCCCGCGGGAGGCCGACCACUUCCGCUGCAGCACCUUCGCGGAGCUGCAGGAGCGGCUGGGCUGCAUUCCCGGCACCGAGGGCCACCCUGGGGCCCAGGCCGGCCCAGCCCGCACAGGCAGGAAGCCCUCGCCGCCCGAGGCCGCGGCCCCCAGGACGCCCGUGGGCGCUCCGCUGGCCGCCAGCACGCCUCGUGGCAGCCCUAGCCCAGACACUCAGCGGGGUGCCCCGGAGCCCCCCAAGGCCAGCGCUGACCAGAAAGAGGAGGGCACCACCAGGCCUGAGCUGCCCACUCUGCCAGAUAAGACCACGUCGGGCGGAGGCAGGAGGCUGCUGCCCAACCCGGCCCCACCCCCGCCUUGGCAGCCGGAAGCUGGCGGGGCCUCUGAGGAGCCUGGCGGGGGUGAUGGUGGGGGUGCGAUACGGACGCCCCCCGUGGGCAGGAGCGGGCAGGCCGAGCGCCGCUGCCCGCCUGCACGCGGCCACCGGCUGGAACGGGGCCUGCUGACCACCACGGUAACCCUGCAGCAGCCCGUGGAGCUGAACGGGGAGGACGAGCUGGUGUUCACGCUGGUGGAAGAGCUGUCGCUGGGGGGCCUCGCCGGCCCCGGGCGCCCCUCCAGCCUGGCCAGCCUUGGCAGUGACUGCUCCCUGCAGGCCCUGGCCUCGGGCUCGAGGCCAGUGAGCAUCAUCAGCAGCAUCAACGACGAGUUCGACGCAUACACCUCACCACCCCCCGGCGGGGCCCUGGACGGGGCAGCCUGGGCGAGUGGCAGCCAGAGCUCGUCUGGCAGCUCCUGGCUCAGCGAGGUCAGCAUGUGCACGGCCGACAGCUUUGGCCGCACGCCAGCGGGCCCCCCGGACUCCGUCGGCUCUGAGGUGCCGGCAGGGGCCCCCUUGCUGGGCUCCUCCGUCCCGGACGGUGGGUCUCCGGAGGACAGUGGCCUUCAGCGCUCAGAGCGUGGCAGACUGGACAGUCCCUUGCCCGCCCAGGGUCCUUGUCCCACGGAGGAGGCCGUGGCAGACCCCGGCCGACAUGGCCGGGAGCCAUCUGCUGUGUCUCCCCGGGGGCCAGCCUCUGCACAGACCCUCCACUCCAGCCUGCCCCGCACACCGAGGACUACCUCCGCAGCCGGUCGCGUGGGCUGCCCCCGCCUGGCCACAGGCCCACCUGGCCCUGGAGGCCUCUUCGAGGACCCUUGGCUGCUCCGGGCUGACGACUGUGGCCCGCCACCCCUGGCUUCAGCCGGCAGGGCCCCCAGCCCAGCCCCGACGCUGGCUUGUGCCCGCAGGGUGGUGGAUGGCUGUGAGGUGGGCCGCAUGGCCCACAGGCCAGAAGUUGUGGCCCCAAUCCCACCCCUGCGGAGGGGGGCCACCACACUGGGGGUGAGCACGCCCUCCGCCUCCUUUGGGGACGCCCCGGCAGAGGCAGCGGCCUGCCUGGGCAGCCCCAAGGCCACCCCCGCCAGCAAGAAGAGCGCGGCUCCCAAGGGGGGCUUCUGUGCGAGGCCUGGAGGUGUGGCCCCCCCAGCACCCCCCGUGCGCAAGUCCAGCCUGGAGCACAAGACCGGCCCCGGGCUGUCCUCUCCGCAGGCCGGGAGCCCGGCUUGGCCCGGGGCUGCUGCCUUCCUCCGAGGGGACGGGGAGGCCAGGCCUGGUGGCCGGGCUGACCACUCCAUCCCCAGGGCCACGUCCAGCCUGAAGGCCCGGACUGGCAAGGCAGAGACAGCGUGCCGACCUGCCACCCAUGGAUCUCUGGAGCGCUGUGAGGGCCUGGCGCACGGCAGCAGCAAGGCCAGGGAAGCCCCCGGUCGGCCAGCCCGCGCAGUGCCCCGGCUGGGUGUCCCACCCACCAGCCCCACGCCUGGGCCCGCGCCUGCCUGUAGGAGCAGCCCCGCCAAGGGCGCCGGGGCCCCCAAGCCCCCCAGCAGCGGGAGCAAGGGCCGCAGCGUAGCGGCUGGCGGGCCCCGGGCCCUGGGCUCUUCGGCGAAGCCACUGGCCCCCACGGUGGGGAGGGCCCCUUGCGGCCCCGUGACGGGCCCCAGGGCAGCCCCGCGGGUGGCGCCGGGUGUUGGGGCCAAGGCCAGCCGGGGCACCAUCAUGGGCACCAAGCAGGCGCUCCGGGCCACCCACAGCCGCGUGCACGAGCUGGCGGCCGGGGGCGCCCGCGGCCGGGGCGGCCCCUCCUGGGGCUCGGCCGACUCGGACAGCGGCAACGACAGCGGCGUGAACGUUUCGGAGGAGCGGCCACCCGCCAGCCCGGCGCUGCCCUCGCCGUACAGCAAGGUGACGGCGCCGCGGCGGCCUCAGCGCUACAGCAGCGGGCACGGCAGCGACAACAGCAGCGUGCUGAGCGGGGAGCUGCCGCCCGCCAUGGGCCGCACGGCGCUCUUCUACCACAGCGGCGGCAGCAGCGGCUACGAGAGCGUUCUGCGGGACAGCGAGGCCACGGGCAGCGCCUCCUCGGCCCCCGACUCCAUGAGCGACAGCGGGGCUGCCUCCCCGGGCGCCCGCUCCCGCAGCCUCAAGUCCCCCAAGAAGAGGGCCACAGGUCUGCAGCGGCGACGGCUGAACCAGGCCCCCAUGCCCGACACCGCCGCCCUGGGCCGCAAGCCCAGCCUCCCGGGGCAGUGGGUGGACCUGCCCCCACCCCUGGCCGGCGCACUGAAGGAGCCCUUUGAGAUCAAGGUGUACGAGAUUGACGAUGUGGAGCGGCUGCAGCGGCGCCGUUUGCCCCCCAGGGAGGGCCCGGCGGAGCCCUCCCAGAGCUUGGAAAAGGGCCCGGUGUGCGCCAGUGCCAGGCUGCGGCUGGCCGAGCGCAGGCUGCAGCGGCUGCAGGAGGUGCGGGCGAAGCGGGAGCUGUUGCGCGGGGAGCUGGCCGAGACCCAGGGCCGGCUGAUGCUGGAGCCCGGCCGCUGGCUGGAGCAGUUCGAGGUGGACCCGGGGCUGGAACCCGAGUCGGCUGAGUACCUGGUGGCCCUGGAGCACGCCACUGCCGCCCUGGAGCAGUGCGUGAACCUGUGCAAGGCCCACGUCAUGAUGGUCACCUGCUUCGACAUCAGCGCGGCCGCCCCCGCCACCGCCCCAGGGCCCCAGGAGGUGGACGUCUGAGGCUGGGCCACGGGCCCUUGGGGGAGGGCACAGGGCAUCAGGGGCUCGUGGAUGGGACCUGGGAUGGAGCGAGGAUGUGCUGGGGGUCGGAGGGAGGAGGAUGUGCAGGGUCCCUUGCGGGACGGGGCGGGGAGGGGUCUUGGAGGCGAGGGAGCGUGAGGGACGGGAGGGGCUGGCCGAGCCCGCGGGCGGAGGAGCGAGUGUGCAGGACUCGGGAGGACUGUGACGCAAGUGCCUUUAACCUUGGACUGGGUUUCUCUCCUUUCUGCAUUUGGUGCUAAGGACUCAGGCCACCAGCAUACAGCGGCCCCUGGUCGGUGCCUGCGGCCGUCCGGGGGCCGCCGGACUGUGUCGGAUCGGAUCACGCCUUGCGUACAGCUAAGCGGUUUCAGUGCAGCAGAGCAGCCCUGGGCUCGCCAGGCUCUCUGCUUUAGGUUCAGGGUUACUUUUCCUUCACAGCCGUUUCCUCUCGACAGAGCCGACCUUAGGGGUCUGCAGACCCCCUGUGUGUUCUCUCUGCUGAUUUCGGAUGGAGCCUGGAGAGGGUGGGUCUUCUGGGCGGGGUGGCUGACUCUCCGUCCCCGUCCCCGGGACCUGCUCUGUCCUGACGUCACCAGGAGGGCAGCGCCCAAGGGCUGAACUGAAGGCACCUGGCGCCUUCUUCCACGGCAGGAAUUCUUACCAAACCACAAGCAAAAAAACAAAACAGACCAACCCACACACACAGAUUGGGGGAUGAGGGUUUUGUAAAGGUGCUGUCAGGCUCAUAUUUUUGUAUCAUUUUGCCUACAAAUGCGGUAUUUGCAGUGGGAACUUGAAGAUAAAUGAUCUAUGUUUUUAUGGUUUUCUAUGGAAGGUGUUCCUGCGGCCGGGCUCUUGCCGGGGCGGGGGAGGUCCCUGGGCAGGGCGAGGGUCCUUGGGAGGCCAAAUGCAGACCGGGAUGAGCCUGCUUACAGGAGCGGGACGUUCCCAUCACGACGGGUUCUUUUUUUCUGACCGUUGUGGAUUUUCUAGGGUCGUCCGAACCUUUGUACAAACAUGUAGAUAACAGCUUGCUGCAGUUUUUAUUUGUGAAUAAAAGAUGCAUCCCUUGUU